GUCAUGCACGACCCGCAGCGCGGCGGUGAAUGCUGAUGCCGAUGCCAGCUCACUGCAGGCCUCUUUUGGGAUUCCCAAAGUAUCCCCCCUCUGCGCCAGUCCUCUUUGGUAUUAAACACCUCUCUCUCUACAUCGCCCGUUCAAUCUCCUCCGUAUUUGUCGCUCUGUGGGCAGCCCUUGAUGAAGAUGAUGGUGGGGUUUGGCUCUGCGGAUUGAGGAACUGGUCAGGGAGAGGAGAGAGAGGAGUUUGGGCCCCUAACGGGAAAGCUAUGAGGCUAUAUUGCCCUGAGAGGCGAGGCGGGCGAACCGCAUCCCUUUUCCCAUCGGUUUAUUAGGUGAGAGGCGUGCGCGAUGCGGUUUCUUUCGAUGGAUCAUUGUGGCGUCUCGCGUGUUGCCGUGCCGCAGUAGCUCUCCGGUGCAGAAAGGUGGCGCCUUGGGUACUCUUUCUGCCUCUUUUUCUGUGAGCUGCUGCUGUCGACGAGGUUUGCAGGUCGCCUGUGCGUCUUCUUUGACUUUUCGACGUCGUUUGAAAGCGCCUCGAGGCCGUAUCGGCCCGCCUCUCGCUUUCUUCUCGCGGCUUUAGCAUUAAAAGAGGGAUCUUUGGCGAGCUUCGGGUGAGUCUUUUCGACAGAGGGAGAGAGAUGGCCAGUGGUCAGGGAAAAGAUGUCGCCUUUUUAUUCGCAGACGAGGAAUUAAGCGGGAUGACUGGGUUGAAGAGAGGCGCCGACUUUGUCGAGGUGAUGUGCGGGUGCACGAGUCACCGGUACGGGGACGCUGUCGGGCGGCUUAGGGUUUUCGCCUCCGGUGAUCUUGAGAUCAACUGUGAGUGCACGCCGGGCUGCGACGAAGAUAAGCUAACACCAGCUGCUUUUGAGAAACAUUCUGGGAGGGAGACUGCAAGGAAGUGGAAAAACAAUGUGUGGAUCAUGGUCAAAGGAGACAAAGUUCCACUUUCAAAGACUGUGCUGCUUAAAUACUACAACCAGGUAUCUAAAGCUGCUAAUGGGUCUCAUAAAGGUCCCAAUGGUCGGCCAUGUCACCGUGAUGAAUUUGUCUGCUGCAAAAAAUGCAACAAAGAGCGUAGGUUUCGCUUGCGUAGUAAAGAAGAAUGCCGCAAUUAUCAUGAUUCUGUGAGAAAUCCAAAUUGGAAGUGUUCUGACGUGACAUUUGACAGCGUCACCUGCGAUGACGAAGAGGAGCGAGCAAGUCGUAAAGUCUUAAGGGGUUGUUCACGAUCUCCAUCCUGCAGAGGAUGCACGACAUGCGUAUGUUUUGGAUGUGAAAUUUGCCGUUUCUCAGAUUGUAGCUGUCAGACCUGCGUUGAUUUCACUUGCAACUCUAAAAGCUAACUUUGUCGGAGCAAGCAUUAUUUAUCCUGCAUGGAUCAUUGCGACGUGCUAUCGAGGCACCAUUAAGAGAUAUUUUGGGUUCAAUUCUUCUCAUGCAGACUGGAGUCUUCAGUCACAAGGUUCAAUUUUCUUUAAUUUUGGUGACUGUAUUCCUCAAAUUCCAGGCACUGGGGAGAGAUCUUUUGCCAAUCCCACCAUUGGGCUGUCUUUUGCUUUUACCUCCACCCUCAUUGAAAACUUUGGGUAUAGACGAAAGUGGUGGAAGCCAUGCAUAAAUCAUUUGGAGAACUGCUAAUAGCAUCUAUAUUAUAUUCUUAUGAUUAAGCUUUUCCCUGAGGAUAUUAAUCUCAA